CAGGGGGCGGGCGGGGCAGGGGCGCCAUGUGGUUCAUGUACGUGCUGAGCUGGCUGUCGCUCUUCAUCCAGGUGGCCUUCAUCACGCUGGCCGUCGCUGCUGGACUCUACUACCUGGCAGAACUGAUAGAAGAAUACACAGUGAUCACCAGCAGAAUCAUAAAGUACAUGAUCUGGUUCUCCACAGCUGUGCUGAUUGGCCUGUAUGUCUUUGAGCGCUUCCCCACCAGCAUGAUUGGCGUGGGCCUCUUCACCAACCUCGUCUACUUUGGCCUUCUCCAGACGUUCCCCUUCAUCAUGCUAACCUCACCAAACUUCAUCCUGUCCUGCGGCCUAGUGGUGGUGAAUCAUUACCUAGCAUUUCAGUUUUUUGCAGAAGAAUAUUAUCCUUUCUCAGAGGUCCUGGCCUAUUUCACUUUCUGCCUGUGGAUAAUCCCAUUUGCAUUCUUUGUGUCACUUUCGGCUGGAGAGAAUGUCCUGCCCUCCACCAUGCAGCCAGGCGAUGACGUGGUCUCCAAUUACUUCACCAAAGGCAAGCGGGGCAAACGUUUAGGGAUCCUCGUUGUCUUCUCCUUCAUCAAAGAGGCUAUUCUACCCAGUCGUCAGAAGAUAUACUGACCCCCUUGGGGAGGGUAUGUGGGGACAAGAUCAGGAGAGUUGGGCCCCUGGGCCUCUGUGCCAGUAGUGGCCAGGAGUCUGGAGGGCACUACUGCAAGCCAGGGCUUCCCUCCCCUUAGUUCUGAAGCCCCAUCCCCACCCUCCUUGGGGCUCAGCUUGGCUCGGAUCCGAUGCUGCCAAGGGCUGCCAAAGGGCACCUGGAGGGUGGCAGAGCCUACUUAGCCAGGAGGCCAUGUCCCUGGCCCUUCUCUCCCCCUCCAGUAGGGGCAGCAGGGCAGGGUCUAUGAAGCUGGAGAAGGCUGAUGAUAACUUCUCUGGACAGAUGGCCAUAGGGACAGCCAUGGCUUGGCAUUUCCAAGAGAAAUGGUUUUUUGCUGUUGAACUGUGAUUUUUGUCUAAUUGCUGGUUCCCAUUUGAAUAAAGAUUCUAGGUGGCAUUGUUUGCCUUAAUACCCCAAAAGUUCAUCUUCUUUUCUUCCCCCUAACCUUCUGCCUGGACUGGACCAGCUUUAUACUGCAGGGUCUCCUCUUCUGGGCCUGGGCUCCCCCUUCCAAAGAAGCCCUUCUUGUAGCCCUUAGUGAGAAGGGAGCAGAGCUAAGCAGCAGAGCCUGGGUGAGGAGUGGGGUGGAGGUAAAGGCAGGCUUUCUCGUGCACCUCCCUCUUCUUUCAGCUCUUCUUUCCCCAAGGCUCUGCGAUUAUCACGCUGGGAAUAGGAAAGAAGUCAGUUUAGGACUGGGUCUUUAGAUGUACAUGUACAGUAUUCUAUUUAUGUCUUUAUUUGAGGAAAGGGAGUGGUUUCUGGCAAAAUUCUCUCUCAGGCUUAAAGAAAAAUUAAAAUUGGCUUUCAGGCAGCCUGGGCUAUAGCCUGGCUUUUAAGACAUGGAAUUGUUGGGCUAGGCUGUUUGUCACUCUGAGCACACAAAGUCUCUGUUGUGUGUGCUCCUGGCUCCUGAUAUGAGGGCCUGUGCCACCUAAAAAGGCAGGCUACAGCAUUUGUUGACCUUGCACUUACAACUACAGUGCCUUGUAAGUACUUAACAAACACACUAGAAUGAAGUCUCCAUGACAGCCGUCAUCUGCCGUGUCCUAUACCUCACAGUAAGGCUGGUAGGAACAGAGAUGGACUGCACACACAUGGCACCUUGAAGCCACUGGAAAGAUGCGUGUGCUUGAAGAUCUGUGUCAUGCCUGAAGUCCCUCCAUGGCCCUUCAACUUUUCCAAUUCUGUUCCCUUAACGGUUCCAGCCUUCCCCUUUCCCUGGGAGGACUGGCACAUUUUGGUCUUGCAAUGGGAGUGAGAUUGCCAAGCCCUUUUCUGCUAUGCAGGAAGGAGUAGACAAGGUAGAGGGGCACAAAACGAUGGCUGACAGUGGGCUGACAGUUCUCCUUUGCUGUCCUUUUCUUUGUUCCUCUAUCUGGUGGUGUGGUUUCACCCCUUACCUUCACUCUACCGCCAGUCAGUGCUCCCCCAUGACUGUCUAGAGACUUUCAUGGGCUAAAUCCAGUGGAGUCCUCCUACCCUAACCCUACCUGAUCCCAACAUCGGGUGACAUGUCUUAUUACUGCCUGCUUCUUGACUCGUACUUUCCUGGUACUUCUGUGGCUGGCUGGCCCUCUACCUCUGGCUGUCCUUACAGUCUCUUGUGCAGGCUUCUCUCCUUGCCCCAGACAUACUGGGGCCUCUCAGGGUUCUGUUUUGGGUCCCUGGGGAAGACAUCAAUGUUGAUGGCUUCAGGGACUCUGGAGGAACACAGCAUUGACCUCCAACCCCAGCGUCCUUCCUGUCUUUUGAAUCAUAGUUCUGUCUCCUGAGUACACAGAUAGCUCUCAUCCAUGGCCCAGACAGCAUCUGCUGCUGUCCUCUACAACCUUGCCCUUUGGGGUACCUACCUUGACCCUACUAUAUCACUCAAGAGCCAGAUGGAUCAUUUGCUUUCUAUCCUCACAUUCUCAGUUUCAUACAGCCAGUUUCUGAAAACUGCCAAGUCUAUCUUGCGAACAUCUCUUGAUUUGAGCCAUUCCCACAGUCAUCAACUUUUACCUGGUUUAUUGAGGUAACCUCCUGUACUUAUCCCAUGGCCAGCUGGAGUUAUCUUUCUAAAAUGUACACUGACCAAGUCACUCCUAGUCUAAAACCUUCUAUGGCUCCCACUGCAGGAUAAAGUCCCAGACCCCUUAGCAUGGCUUGAGACACAUAGCAGCAACCCUGCUUACCUCUCUGGCCUUAUCAAUUGCCUUUUUGCUUUGUGGGUCAUCUUCUGGAAUAUAGCUAUACCAUGGUUCUCUCUUGCAACUUUGGUUCUCCUUUCUACUAAUCACAUUGGUACUUUCUCAAGUUUGACUUAGAUUUUACUUCCUCCAAGAAGUUUUGAAUAUCUCCUAUCCCCACCUCAGUGCACCCCACAGAUCAUUCCAGGCUCACUUGCCUGCUUUAUGGUCUGUCUCCCAUUAGACUGUAAGCUCCUUGAGGGCAGGAACUAUCCUUGGAUUUUUUUUGUAUCAACAGUGCCUAGUUUGUCACUUGGCGCAUGAAAAGCACUCAAUAAAUGUUUGUUUAAUGAAUGAUCAA